AUGAAUGGAAGAUUCACCCAUUUACAGCCCUGUGAAAGUGAAUUUAUUGUGGAAGAGGAGCCUAUCUUUCAACGUAUACCAGGGGAUGAGAAACCAGGGUUAUCGAUAGAAGAUCGUAAGUUCCUACAUAUCAUGGAUGCUGGUUUCCAAAGAACGUCUGAUGGCGAGUGGCAAGCUCCGUUACCCUUUCGCCAUUGUAGACCUGUCUUACCUGACAACAGGUCACUUGCUCUUCGAAGAGCCAGAUCAUUGGACAUUAGCUUGAGAUGUAAUCACCUCAAAUAUGAACAAGUUAAGGAAUUCAUGGAGAGACUACUCAUGAACCAGCAUGCUGAGUUAGCACCUGAGUUACCUAUGUCAGUGGAGCGAUGGUACCUACCUAUGUUUGCAGUGUAUCAUCUCAAGAAACCAGACAGUGUGCGUAUUGUAUUCGACUCAUCUGCCAAGUUUCAAGAUGUGUCCUUGAACAGUGUUUUGUUUCAAGGCCCUGAUUUGUGCAACAGCCUGCUUGGUGUCUUGCUAAGAUUCCGAAGAGAAAAGAUAGCAGUCACAAUGGACGUUGAGCAGAUGUUUCACAAUUUCAAGGUCCCAGAAGACCAGCGUCGUUACUUACGAUUCCUGUGGCACAUGGACAGUGACUUAGACCAGCCAUUGGUGGACUUUCAGAUGAUGGUUCACAUUUUCGGCAAUAGCCCGUCACUGGCCGUGGCAACGUUUGGUCUUAGGAGGGCAGUUGAGAGAUCCCCAGAAGAUGUGAGGGAUUUAGUAUGUAACAACUUCUAUGUGGAUGAUGGCAUUUUAUCCUGCGCAACUGAAGAGGAGGCCAUUAGCCUUGUGCAUUGUACCAAGGAAGCACUACAAGAUGGCGGAAACAUUCGACUUCACAAGUUUUGCUCCAAUAGCAGGAGAGUGUUAGAUUCAUUUGCCCCAGAAGACCUGGCAAAGAACUUGAAAAACCUUGACUUUGGGUCAAACACCCUUCCAGUACAACGCAGCUUGGGAUUAUUAUGGAACACAGAGAUGGAUGAAUUUACCUUUAAAGUCAACACAGUAGAAAAAGCAUACACUAGACGAGGCUUGUUGUCUACUAUAAACAGUGUAUAUGACCCGAUUGGCUUUUCCCAGCCUGUCGUCAUCAGAGGCAAGUUACUUUUACGAGAGAUGAUGUCUGUGACGACAAAUACGGACUGGGAUGAACCGUUGCCUGCAUUUCUGCAUGAUGAAUGGUCAUCAUGGGUUGAUUCCCUGAGUCACCUGGAAAGCUUUUGUGUGCCGAGGAGUUACAGCAGUUCGUUUGUCAACGCCACCAGACGUGAAGUGCUUGUGUUCUGUGAUGCUUCGAAGGACAUUAUUGCUGCUGUGGCAUAUCUCAAACUUCAGGAAAAUGAGACGUCAAGCAUCAGUUUCUUGCUUGGAAUGGGCACACUAUCCCUCGGCUCGAGCUGUGUGCGGCAGUUUUAG